AUGUUUUAUACCAAUAGGCUUCCAUUUCACUUUGCAAGAAACCCAAAUUAUCGUAGUUCCUAUGCAUAUGCUACUACCUAUAACAUUUUGGGUUAUGUUCCUCUUAGAUACAAUGCCUUGAGAACAACACUUUUACAAAAAGAAAGAGGUAAUGUUGAAAGACUUUUGAAACCAAUUAAGGACUCUUGGAUUGCAAAUGGUGUAAGUAUAGUUUCUGAUGGAUGGUCAGAUCCACAAAAGAGGCCUCUUAUUAAUAUUAUGGCUGCAUUAGAUAGGGGUCUAGUGUUUAUUAAGGCAAUUGAUGGGUCAGGUGAGUUCAAAGACAAACAUUUUAUUGCUGGGGUGUUGAAGGAUGCUCUAAAUGAGAUUGGACAUGAAAAAGUUGUCCAAGUCAUCAUUGAUAAUACUAGUGUGAUAAAGUUUGCUAGAGCUCUUAUUGAAGUUGCUAAUACUAGAUUUUCUUCGGUUGUUGUAAUGCUAAAAAAGUUGAAAUUGAUAAAAAGAUGCCUUCAAGCCAUAGUUAUUAGUGACCAAUGGGCUGCUUAUAGGGAGGAUGAUGUUGGAAAAGCUCAAAAGGUGAAAGAAAUGAUUCUAAGUGAUUGUUGGUGGGAUAUUGUUGAUUAUAUCCUUGAAUUCAUAGCACCUAUUUAUGAUAUGCUACAAAUAGCUGACACAGAUAGGCCUUGUUUUCAUCUUGUAUAUGAAAUAUGGGAUUCAAUGAUAGAGAAGGUGAAGGCAGCAAUAUAUCGGCAUGAAGGCUUGGAAGAUGAUGAGUAUAGCUCAUUUUUUAAUGUGGUGUAUGAUAUACUCAUUGAUCGAUGGACUAAAAAUUGUACACCACUACAUUGCUUGGCUCAUUCCUUAAAUCCUAAUUAUUACUCCAUUGAAUGGCUUUCAGAGAAUCCAAAAUGCAUCGCUCCACAUCAGGAUCAUGAAAUUUCUAUGGAUAGGAGCAAUUGUUUGGAGCGAUACUUUGAAGAUGAAAGUGAAUUAAGGGUGGUGAAAAUUGAAUUUGCUGCAUUUUCAGGAGGGAGGUUUCCUUCACCAGAUGCCUUGACAGAUAGGUGGGCCUUACAACCUUUGGUUUGUUGGCAAUACCAUGGCUCCUCCUCAUUUCCAACUCUUUAA